AUGGCCUGGGAAGCCCUGGCCUCGGGGCUGGGACCACUGGCGCGAAUGCUUCCGUUACGCUGGGUGGGGGGACAGACUGGGAGGAAAAAAGAGCAACUCUGGGAUUUACCCAUCAGUUUCCCGGAGCUGUUCUCACCGCACACAAAAGACCAGCCAAGCGGCGGGGCGCAGCGGAGACGAGGCGAAAGGUACCGUCUCGCCGCCAACAACUGUCUUGGUUCCAACAAAUUUAAAAAGGUUACGUUUAAAACCCUGCAAACGCUCUGGGAGAAAACGUCUUUUCUUGCUCAACGUCUAAGGGCCGGAAAAGUGGGCGGCGCCCAGAGCAGGCAGGCAACCAGGUCCGUUUUUAAACCUUAUUUUCGACUGCGGGUCUUGGGAGUCCGAGCUUCCGAAUUAAAGGAGAGCCUGCGGCGAGAGCAGGGAGCGCCCGGGACGCCCCGCCGCCAGGCUGUCUGCCCUCGGGCCGCCGCGGUUCGGGGAAGUGGGGGCCCCGCGCCCCAACCCGCCUCGCGCGGUCCCCGCGACGGGCGCACUCACCUCGGUGCCGGCGGCGCCCACGGAGACGGCGCGGCUGCCCUCCGGCCUCCACACCCGCAGCAGCGGCGCCCACGCGACGUUGCAGCCCUACCGGCUCCGAGAGGAAGGGAGAGGGAUAAAGAAUUAGAAACAUCGAUGAGAGAGAAACAUCGAUCAGCUGCCUCUUGCACACCCCCUACUGGGGAUGUGCCCGCAACCAAGGUACAUGCCCUUGACCGGAAUCGAACCUGGGACCCUUCAGUCCGGAGGCUGAUGCUCUAUCCACUGAGCCAAACCGGUCAGGGCAAAAGGACUUCUGUUCAGCCAGGUUUAACCUUUUGCACUUGGAUGUCGAGUGUGACUCGACACGGUUAGCAUCGGUAGCAGCUCGUAUGUCGAAUUGUAUUGAAUGCAUCAAUAAUUUGAAAUAUAAAAAAUUCCAAAUAAAUAAGUUUGUAUGAAAAGAAACUCCAGUGUUUUAUUCUACUGCCGUGCUUUGUAAAAUCUGGGGUAUUCAAAAAAAUUAAAUCCCGAGUAGGAAUCGAGAAAAAAGCAAGCGAGUGCAGAGGGUUAAGGCAGUUCUGAAUGAUGAUUAUUCUGUAGCUUAGUUGUAAUUUUGAUGUGGUUGUGGAAGGAAGCGAGUAUCUAUGCCACCACUUGACUAGAAAUCCCUAUUUCAGUAUAGUUUUAAUUUCUUUGCUCUAUUAUGAAUGACAUCAAAAAUAUUUUCAUAUGCAUCAAUUACAUAUGUAAAGCUUUAUU